AUAAUAUUAUAUUAUGUACUAAAAUAAUAUUUAUUGUGCGAACGUUUAGUGAACAUUUCAAUAUUAUUAUUAUAAAAAUAAUUUUUAAAAAAAAUGAAUACGCUUAUACAAAAGGUAAAUCGUAAUGCAAUAUAAUAUUUAAUUUGGGUUUAGUUUAAUUUAGUUUAAGAAGACGCUAUGAAUGGUCAUUUUGUCGCUGUCACAUACGACAAAAAAAAUUUACUAUUCAGCCGACUCGACUUUUUUUCGCUUUUAGUUUUAAUAUUAGAGCGAAUUCAAUAUCAAUGUCAAACUUAACCCGCUAUGAGUCGCAUCAUUAUUUGUAACACGUGUAGUCGCACAAGGUUUUUUUGACUGUUCACUUAUAUCCUACAUUUUUUAAAACAUUUUACAUACAAAUUCAUUUAUUAAUAAUUUGCACAAAUAUUUCAUUUAUUUACAAUGUUUUACAAUAAAAGUUAGUAUUAAUGGAACUAUUAUACUAAAGUAAAAAUAAAUUAUUAAAAACACAGGCAUAAGCGUGUGAUAACAACGUGACGUGUAUAAAACUAAACGAAAAUAUUGCAACCUUUGACUAAUUAUUUGGAGAGAUAAGAGGUAAGGGAUUGGAUAAAUUGUUUUUGUUGGUUUUUUUCGUUUAAAAUUGAACGUCGAUGAAAAUAAUACCUAACAAAAUUGAUACCGUGCUUAAUCGCACACGGUAUUUUUGACUGGUUACAGAUUUUAAAAAUGGCUAUAAAUUCGACAAAUAAUAAUUAAAUGUUUUAAAUAGUUUUAAAAAAUUGCUUAACAUGUACGUUAAAGGUAUCACAUUGCACGAAAUAAAGAAAAUUACUCACAAUAAGUAAUUAGUAAAAUAAUAAACUCACGGUCUAAAAGACCGUGAUGCGACUCAUGGUGGGUUAAACGUAUAAGAAUAUUAUCCACGUUGUACGUCGACUUUUUUUCUCGAUAUUUUAAUUUUUUAUGUGUGAUACCAGUACUUUUAAAUCGUGAUAUUUCAUUUACUCGUUUUUUACUUCAAAAUAUUACAAUAACGAAAUAAAAUCAACGUACAAACACUGAUAAUGUCCUCCCCUUUACGUUUGACACUAGAUCAAAUUCGCUCUAGUAUAAAAAAAUAAGAAGCCAGAAUUGGUUCUGCAGAAUGCAAAUCUACUAAGCCGUACGGUCGUAAGACGAAGACAAUAGAUAAAACCUGACCAAACCUAACUUAACUGACGGAUGAGUAUAAUACCUACUGGCUACUCGUAUUAUACGGUUUACACGAUGUAUAUUAUUAUUUAUAUUAUUUGUAUUAAUAAACGAAAGCUAUUUAAAUGUUUUGGGAGCUAAAAAAAACUAUAAUUAAAAAGAUAAGUAAAUAAGAUUAACAGAAAUUACGAUUUAUAACGCGAGCUAUUAUAUUAUUAUCUCGGUUUCUAGUCUAAACGUUCAGCUUUAAUCAAUUAUAGUUUUCAACUCGUUCAAAUAAUAGGACUUAAAAAUACAUAUAUCCGUAAAGAGCUUUGCAACAAAUGUAAUCACCUUACUUAAAUCAACAGAUUUCCGUUAAAUCUUUAAUAUUUAUGUAAUUUUGUAGCAAGUAGCGCCAAAACGGACAUAUUGAUAAAUACAAAAAAAAGGAGCAGUAUUUAUUAUAGUAUUAGAUUUAUUUUCAACAUAGCAAAUACAUUUUUCAAAGAGCCUAAGUCAUCGCUCCCUCGGACUAUUUCAAUCGCACAAUACCCCUCGAUUUGUUGUGCAAACUUUUCUACCAGCAAUUUUGCUCCGAUUUAAAAUAAUACCACUUUUUCUGAACGAAAAUCUGACUGAAAAGGUACUUUAAAGAAGUAUUUUUUUAGUUUUCCUAGGAGUUUUCCAAAUAAAUGGGAAAAAUCGGGAAAAAACAUGAGACAGUCAGUACAAUAUUAAACAAAUAUUAUUAAAGAAAAUAUAUAAUGCCUAUUUAAUUAUUUUACCAUAAUAUGGCAUAUAUAAUGUUGACAAAGCUAUCACUAUUAACUGAACUGUGCUCAGAAUCGUUUUUUCAUUAGCAAUAGUUUAUUGUUGCUUACAGGUAUACUUUAAAUUACCUAUAACAGUGGCUGCGCUCGUCUCCAUUAUCUUAGGGCAUCAUUUUUUUUUAUGUAAACACUUUUUCUACCAGAAAACAUUCAAUUUUCAAGUCUAACACCUUUUCUGAAAGGAAAUAUUCUCUGGGUGGUACUUUAAACAGGCCAUUUUUUGAAAUUAUCAUUAAUAUUCCAAAUUAUAAAGAAAAUCUGGAAAAUUAAAAAGGUUGUCAUUGGCAACCGUUUUUAUUUAAUUUGUAUUAUUUUAAAUCUUUUUUAAACAAUCAUUGUUGUCAUAGAAACGCAGAUUGUUGAAAAAACAAUACUAUAGAACGAGCUAUAUAAAAAUAAAAUAAAUUUCCAUUUCAAUACAUUUGUCUAACUAUUAAUUCUUAUAUUUCUUCAUUCUAUACUUAAGCACCACUAUCAACAGAACUGCUCUCAGAAUCGUUUUUUCAUUUGCAAUGUUUUAUCGUUGCAUACAGAUAUAAAUUCCCUUCUGAAUCAUACCUUCUUUUAACUUCCCACCCAGUGGCAUAGCCAGAAUUUUUUUAAGGGGGGUAUUUUUAUUUUGUGUUUAGAUAUAACUUAUUUUUAACUUUAUUUUGCACAUAUAACAUACUUAAUAUCAUCACAUCAUCAUACUUAAUAAUUAUAGGCUAUAAUUUAUAGCAGUACGUAAGCAUAACACAGCACCUUUUAUAAAAACCUAAUGCAAAACUGCAUACAGUAUAAAUUAUAAUAUUCGGCAAAAAUAUGGUCAAAAGGAGAGGUGUUUUAACACCAAAACACCUUUCUCGCUACGCCAUCGUUCUCACCUACAGCAGUGACUGAACCCACUUGUGAAAUAUGAUAGUCUUCUUUUAAUGUUAUAAAAUACCUAAAAUGCCCAAAAAAAAAUUCAGUAUUGGCCGCUCAACGUAAAGCGCAAAAAAAUUAUAAUAUCAUAGAGAAAUACAAUCUCCUUAGUGAUAUAAAGAAAUUCCCGUCUGAGAUUUUUUUUAUUUACGUUUUUUUUUCUUUAAGAUAUUUCAAAAGAAAUAAACUGACUUAGUUCAUAUUGAUAAUGUUGUGUUAUACAAUAAACGUUUAUGUCUAAUGUUAUUGAAUAUGUUGACUUUUACAAAGUUUUACAAAGAUAUGUACAAAAAUUCUACCAGAAAUCUUGCUCCGAUAUAUACGUGCAGAAAAAUACGCGGAGAAAAUAUUACCCAGAUAAUAAACCAUUGUUUUAAGAGGUCAUUAUUUGAUUUUUCAAUCGGUUUUCAUAAUAUCUGGGAAAAACCAAGAUAAAACGAAAUUUACGAAAAUAAUGAUUUUAUUAUUAUUUCAGUUUUGUUAUUUAUUGUAAGUCAGUUAAAAAUGUUCGUAAAGACUUGAAAAUUGGGUAGAAAAAUUAUGUUUGCUUUUUCUAGGUAUGGUAAAAUUUUCAAAGUAUCUGAGUCAUUUAAAUGCUUUUCAUAAAAAUUUUAAUCUGUUUAAAAUUCAGUUUAAAAUAUUCGUAUGGCUUUUAUGGACGUAAAAACCAGGAACACCAGGAAAAACGUAGAAAAACCGGGAAAUCGAUACAACAUUAAACAAAUAUUAUUAAAGAAAUGUAUAGAGCCUAUUUAAUUAUUUUACUAUAAUAUGGCGUAGAUCAUCAACUGAACACUCAGAAUCGUUUUUUUGUAAGCGAUGGUUUAUCUUUGCUUACAAGUAUAUAUUAAAUUACCUAUUACAAUGGCUGCACCCAUCCCCGUUAUCCUAGGACGUCUUUUUUUUUUAAAUUUUAUUUUUUAUUUAAAUUUAUAUUUUUACCUUUUGUUAAUAUGUAAUCAACCAAAAACAAUGUUAUAAAUAACAUAAAUAACAUAAUGAUGAUAAUAUACCGAAACUAAGUAAUUGCAUAAAUAUAACUUAAAAAUACAUUUUAUAAAUACAUUCGUGUUUUUUUAUAAAUUUUUUUAAUAUAGGUACUUAAAUUAUAUAUUAUGCAAUUAAUAAUAAUUUAAAAAAUUAUCCUUAUUCCUCCUGAAAAAAUCUUUUGAUUACCACUGAUACAAUCGGUUAGAAUUCGGAUUGUUGAAUUUAAUGUAAGAAUAUAUAUUUUAAUUUACCAGCGUUAUUUUUAAGAGAAAAAAGAAAAAAACAUAAAUACAUUAUUUUAUUAUACAGCAUGUAUAAUAAUUUCGCAAAUUAAAUAUCAUUAUCAAUAUCAUGUAUAGCCAUACAUCUCGUGAGUAGGUAUAGGGAAUUGAGAAUAGCGAGAAUAUUUUUUCUUCCUCUCGUUUCUAGAUUCAAUAAUUAAUAUGAGGACGUUAUAUUGGUUUUAUAUAAUUAUAAAAAUAUAAAUUUUCAUUUUUUUUCCUGUAAACAUAUUUUUAAAUAACACAGUUCUCAUUUUAUCCAAUCCAAUCCUGCAAUAUUGUUCAAUUCGAUUAAUGAAUAUAAUGAUUAACUUCGUUAAAAAUUAUUAUACAAGCCUAAGUAUAAUUUUUAUCGUCGCAGAGUAUGCGUGGGCCGUAGGGGGUCUCACCACCACCGCCGCAUUAAGAGUGCCCGAAGUAAUUUGUCAAUAUAAUAGAAUUACAAUCGAUUUUUUCCCGCUCUCGUAGUGAUUUAUCUCACAAAACUAUAUAAGUAGAAUUUUUUUUUUUAUUUCUUUCUUUUUUUUAGACCCGUUAACAAAAUUAUUUAAUCGUUUUAACUUAAUUUGGAGCGAAAUAAAAUAAAAUACAUCAAUUGGUGGAAAAAAUAACUACAGACCAAGCGUUUAAUUCAAUUUAUAGAGUUUCAAAUUAUCAAGAGCAUAGAUGCUACAAGCAAAUUUUUGGUGGAAUUUAACUCACUGUGACCGUAGACUUGUAUACCAAACAAUAAUAUUGUAAUUUAUUAUCGUCAAUCGGUAUUGAAAUUAUCUAAGUAGAAUGAUCUAAACAAUAUUUAUGCAACGAUAACGACAUAUUCGUACUAUAUUUAUAUAUGUGUUAUCUGGGUAAACCUAAUUAUCUUAUAUUUACCUUUAUCUCCUUGAAUACCUUUAGUAAACACGUAGAUAACAGCAGUAGUUUUAGUUUAAAUUUAUGAAAAUUUUAUUGUUCAGUUAUCAUUAAAAUUAGAAAAUAAUAACAUAUUGUACAUACAAUGUCACUAUUAAUUUUAACGUACUAUAGUGUGCGACGCGCUUGUAGUUUCAUGUGAGUAGAUAGGUACCUACUUACUUAUUUCCGUAGAAAUCCCUUAAUACACACAAAAUGGUAAGUGUAUGUAGAAGUAGCCGCCAUGUAUAGUAGGGACGUAAUGGGUUUUCUUCAGUCUUUCGAAUUCAUACGCUCACAGAGAACAUUUUAGCCGACUAUAACAUUUAAGAUAAGAAUGGUUAAUCUAGACCACGGUCUUAGAAGAUAAUGUUGGACAAUUUGGUCUAUGCGCUCAACGCUCUGCUCCGCUGAAUAUAAUAUAUAUUUUAGUACAUGGUUAUCAAGAUUUAAGAAAGUCCUAUCUUAAAUCAUAAUGGUUUUUUGAACUUUGGUAUUUUAAGCUAGUAUAAUUUCACAUGCUUAAAAAACGCCUGUAGGGUAGCGCUCAAUUUUAUAAUGGUACAAUUUGAAAAUGAGUUCACCUUACUUAUCGGAAUGCUGAUAAAGUAUAGUUGUCCGACCUUAUCAGAGUUCCUCUUAUUUUUCAAAAAUGUUUAAAAUGUUGUCGCAGUAAAAUUGAGCGCUGCCAGUUAAAAGAUUUAAAGGUUAGGUUUAAUUACAUUAAAAUCACGGAAUAAUAAUUAAUAAUAUAAUAAACUAUCUAUGUCAACAAGUUUACAAUAACAAUAUAUUUAUGACUUAUCCUUUAACGGCUCUAAUGUAUUUAUUUAUGACCAACAAUAGAGAACAAAUUGCAUGUUGUGUCUAAUGUUUUUAAAUUCGAAAGAACUCAAAGAACUACGAGUUUAAAUGUCUUAAACAAUUAUACCAGAUGUCAGUUACAGUAUAACACGAAGAUCUUACAGCUAAGUAUUAUUUGUUUUUUUCUUCUUUUUUCUUCUUUUAACCUUGUUUUAUGAUUUCUUCAUUUCAUAUUUAUUUUUUUUUUAAUCCAAGAUAGCCAUUAUAUAACUAUGCAUUUUGAACAUUUAGGUAUAUUUUAAAACACAUGUUUAUAAAUGUAUAUUGUAUAAUAAUUGUAAAACUAAUAUUACGUUAUUGAAAUAUGUUAGGUACCGCUAUUCAAAUUCAAAUGCCUAUAACAUUUUGCGGUAAUUUGGUAAUCCAUUACUACAAUAUUCCUAAUCUCGAAAACGUCUAACAAUCAACGUUCUAUGAAAAUGUUGUGAAUAUUUUAAACGUUUUUGCCCAAAUAAGCGGAGCAUCUCCAGUGCGUUGACAGAGAGAAGUUGUCCGACCUUAUAUUUUAAGAUUGUAGUCGUAACAGUUGUUUGUUGAUAUUAUACAAACACGUGUGUUAUUAGUUGUUACGUGUUACGUGUUACGUAGUUUAUUAUAUUUAUAUUUUUGUAAUUUUAAUAUAAUGCAAUUUUCCAUAGAGUCUAACCAUCUUCAUCAGCACCCACGAUCCGCCACUGACUGAUAUAAAUAGUUUUUCAUCCCCCUUCCCAAAAAUUAAAGCUGAUAUAACUAGAUAAUAGAUCCUAUAAGUAUAUAAAGUAUAUCGUCAUAUGUACUGAAACUGCGUAUCUUAGUUUUUGGGGAUUUUCAAAAUGAUCAGCACAUUUUAUAAAAUAAUACUUAUCUUAAUAUUUUAAGAAAAAACUCUUAUCUGAAUUAUAUUAUUACGAUGUAUUAAUACAAGGUUUAUUUAUAAAUGGUGUAUCAUGAUUUGCAAUAAACACAAGCUAACAAAACAUUUUAGAAACCACUUGUUUUAUUAAUACCGAUAUUAUAAUAAUCUUGUUUUAUCAAAUGUUGAUAUACGUGCCGUUACAGCAUAAAUGACAAUAUCAUCAUUAUUCAAAACAAUUUCUUUAAAUUACACCGUAACCUUGGUAAUUUACAAAUAAUAAUAAUAUUCAUAAUAUUAUGUUUUGUACUAUAAUAAUAAUUUGUUCUAUACAGAUAAUCAACAUAACGCAAGAAACUUAUUAUCUAGGAAAGUACCUAUUAACUUUUUUUAAGAAAUGAGUAUCUUUAUAAUGAGUAAAAUGUUAAUUUUCUUCUUUUUUUUUGUGGCCCUUAUUUUAGGGGGUGAACCACUACUCACUUUGAUUUUUAAAUGGUAACCUAUCCCAUCAAAAGAUAGAGUGCAGUUCAAUACUACAUAAUUUUUGCGAUUUUCGUUUAAAUUUGAUUUCAAAGCGCUAAUCAAAAAAAAUGACCGUCCGAUGAUUAUGGAAAUUUUAUUACGUUUAGAUAAGUCUCAAAUGAGUAUUAUUAACAAGUUUGGAGUCUCUACGUGUAUUUAUCACCGAAUUGCAACAAAACAUUCCCAAAAGUUAAAAUUCCUUGAAAGGUCAAAAGUGGCUCAAAAGUUUUGGUGGUGAUACCGUAAGAAAGUAAAUCCAAAAGGAAAAAAAAGGUUUUUUAUGAUUUUUCAAUUAAAUCAUUUUUUCUAGUAGAAAACGUCGUCCGUGUUUUUAUAAAAUAAUAAAAUCGUGUAAUUGUACGUUUUCAUAUGUUUUUUCCAUUUAAGUGCUUUUAUUUAAAAAAUAGCAUCGAAAAUCAAAAAAAUUGCUACACGUUAAAAUCAGAGCAAUUUUACUAGAAAAAAACGUAUACACAGACAAGAACAAAGAACAAAGAAAAAAAUAAACAUCUUAAUAAAACCAAAUGCUCUCAUGCUACGCUAGGAAUCUAAAAGUGAUGUUUAAACGGUUUUAAAAUCCAAUAAUUUUCGCCUGCUAUAAUACAUAAUGUUUAACAAUAAACCACAAGGUACCUAUAAUAGGGACGGACCCAAAGGGGCCUAAGAACCCAGGCCCUCCCCAGACAUAUUAUUUCUCAGAUUUUUUUAAUAAUUUUAUAAAUCCUGAUAUUAUUAUAUUCCAAUCACUGAUAUGUGUGAUAAAAUAAUAUAUUAUAUUAUUUUAAUUGUAUUUGUAUUGUAAAAAAAUGUUUGCCCCCCCCCAAAAAAAAAUCUUUGCUCUGCAUCCAUGCCUGAUCUAUGAUAGGGAGGAGGAGGCAAGGGUCAACCAGUCGCAAUAGGCCUAAUCCACUUACUGGCUCAGCCCGAUGGACUCCAUCAUUAUGGUCCACUCCAAUGGAGUCUUUGAAGCUGUCACAAGGUCAUAUAUAGGCUAAGUUAAAAUAGCGUUUUAGGGGAUGACACGGGUCACCUCACUUAUCCCACUCCUUUGUAUUAAACAGCAUCUUAAUUCUUAAAUAUUAAUGUGAGCUUACCCCGUGAAGAGAUAAAUUGGAUUUCAACAUCUCUUAUUAUAAUUUUUUUUAAUAAACGAUAGCAGCUGUUGGGAAGUAUUUUAUAACAGAUGACUCAAUUCUGUAGGUGCAAACAAAAACAAAAUAAAGUACUUAAGAUAAGUUAUAUGUAUAUUAUGUAGGUACCCAUAUUAUCGGUUUUAUAAUUUAUACAAUUUAGAUAAUUUAUGUAAAUAAAUUAGAACUAAAAUUAUAUUUUUAUUUUUCUAUAAAAAUAUUGAACUUAUUUAACUUUUAAAUUUUAAUAUUUUUAACUUUUUUAAUUUUGUUUUUUAAUCUUUUUUGACGUUUAUUUGUAUCAAUGUCUAAACGGCCACGUCUAAGUGGCAACAUCCAUUUGUCGCUAUUCGAUAAUAAUAAAAUUUAAGUCAAAAAUUAACUUAUUAAGUAUAAAUUAUAUUAUUCUUACAUAGGUAACUAAACAUUAUAUUUUAUCUUUUUUUUUUAAAUACAUUUUAUUCGUUUUCUUUAUACAUUAUCUAUUAGAUAAAAAUAUCUUUCCAAACACUGAAUUUAUCAUAUUAUACGUCAUUCUCUUAACGAAAAAAUUGCUGCUCACCGCGGGAUGGUAUCUAUUAUAUAACCGUUUAUUUUUUCCGUUCAAAAACGAAAACGACAUAAGUCAUAAGUGUGUUUCUGGAAAGCAGAAGGCCAUUUUUUAUUGUCACGUGGUGGGAGUUUUAGGAGAAAAAUAGAAAGAACAAAAAAGGAAAAAAAAUUUCGUGAGAGAAGGGGAAGUGGAGAAUUUCCGUGUCCAAAUGGGUUUUACGUGCACGCAAUAAAUUAUAUUUUCUGAGUUUGAAAUCCGUCUCGUCGUCGUCGUCUCAUACGACACAAGUAAGUACAGGGGUUUUUUUUUGCGUACAUAACAUGAUACAUGACGAAACAUCGCACGUUGGGGGACGUAAACAAAAAAUGAAUAAAAAAUCGUUUUCAACACUCAUAUGCGACUACACGAACGCGAUGAAAACCGCGUGCGUUUGUUUAAAACGAAAUAAAUAAUAUUAUUGUUGUGUACAUAUUUUUCGUCGGGUGGAAAAAUGCAGAGUUAACGAAAAAUUAUCUUAUUCGUAUUGUAUGGGUAUAUUAUUUAUAAUAGGGCGGUAAAUUUAUAAUGAAUGCGAUUUUUUUUUUUUUAGCUCAUAUUAUAAGACUACAUAACUCGUCAUAAUAUUCUGUUUGACAACGUGUAUAAAGUUCGAACGACUAUUAUCAACGUGUUGCAUGAUAAUAUUAUGUUUAGUAACCUAAGCCUAAUAUUUUAGGCCCACAUUUAAAUCAUUCUUUUUGAUUUUUUUAAUUUCUUUACAUACUAUUUAUAAUGUUUUCUGUUUUUACCUAAUAAAUAAUCUAGUGGAUAUCUACUACGUGUCACUUAUUCCUCCCUAAAAAUAACGAAGAGAUAGACCAAACCUUUCCAUUAACUUUUGGAAUUCUACCAUAAAUAGGUAAAAAUCAUCAUUAUCUCGAAUAUUAAUGAGAAUUUCAAAAAAUGACCUCUUUAAAGUACCACCCAAAGAACAUUUCCUUUUAAAAUAGGUACUAUACUUGAUAAUCGGAGUAAUAUUGCUGGUUGUAAAAAUGUUCACAUAAAAAAAAAUUUAAAAAAAAGUAAACAUCUUUGUAGAACAAAAAUAUUCUUCGGUAAACUCAGAAUCUAAAAAGCAAUAUUUAGGUAACUAUGAAAAUGUUGGGCACCAAAAUACAAUUUUUAAGCUAGUAGAAGAUUAAAAAGCCAGAAGUCAACCAAAAUUAAAAUUUUAUGAAUUGUGGAUUGCAUACUUAUCUUCCAUUUUUGUUCUUUAGAGUUUUCAAUCUUCAAUUUUUUUUCUACCAUAAUGAAUAAUUGAAUAAUUAUUUUAGUGUGAAAAUUUAUAAGAUACGUUUUACACAAAAACAAUAACGAAAAACGUAUACAAAAUAUUAUUACUUUGAUACUAAAGAGAAAUAAGUGAAAACAAAAUUAUCUACAUACCUACCUAAUUGUUUUUUACUAAUUAAAGAUUAUAUUAGUAAUAUCUACAUUUGUGGGCUAACUUAACGAUGCGUUAAUAGUUGUUAACAUCAGUUCAGUAAGUUCAAUGUUUUAAUUUUCAAUCAUAGAUAUUAUUUAAGGUUGUGUAGGACUGUGAAAGCCUGCGCAUGCACGAUAAUACUAACCACCAAUGUUGUAAUAAUAACAAAACCAUUGUUUAUAAAAAGUGUGACCACAGUUAAAAUAAAUAAUAAAAAAUAAUAAUCGUAUAAAUCGAAUAAGUUCUUAUUUACGAUAAAAUAGUAGUAUAGUACGGUUAUUAAUAGACAGCAGUGUUAAAUUUAAUUAUUUACUCACGAAAAUAGCGUAUUUUAUGAAAAAGGGUCCUUAUUUACAAUUUAUUGUUGCUAUUGAAACUUGAAAAAUAUAAACAAAUCUGUAUGUAUAUAAAAUAUAAAUAUUAAUACGGUCAAUGGGGAAGGCUUCAGCCCUUUAGCCCCUCUCCCCAGCGUACGUCACUGUUAUAUACAGUAUAUUGUAAAAAAUCACACACAAAUCUAAUGGCGAUUUGUUUAGCGAUUGUUGAAUUUUUCGUAUGCACUUUAUUCAAUUUUACAUUACCUGUUAUCGGCAAGAUAUAUUAUUUGGACCGCAAAUGUUUUUUUAACAACAUAAUGGACAAUUCACACACCAUUAAAAAUGAAUUAUAUGACGCGGUGGUCUAUAAAAGAGCCGAGUGGGUUUUUCUUUUAAAAUCGAAUAAAUUGUUACUGGAUAGGGAAUUAUCCUAUUUAAUUGAGAAAAAACGGUAGAAAUAUAAAUAGAGAAUUAUAAAGUUGGCAGGCAUGCUAACAGUGCAAUUUCAAUAAUAUUCUUUAACUUUGGUUAGUUUUUUUUUCAUAAAUUUAACAAAAGUACCUAUAUUUAAAUAUUCUCAAUGAUAGUAUAAAAAAUCAUUACAUUUCGUUGGUAAAAGUGUAAAACUUUGGGCUCUUGAAAUUUAAAUAUUAAACUAAAUAAUUAAAUUAAUAAUAUGCCAAAAUUGAAUUAUCGAAUCUCGUCUCUUAACGAGCGCAAUUAAAUAAUUAUAAGUCAAUACCUACCAACUUUUUUUAUUUAACAAUCAAUGCUACUUUUUCAUUUUGAUGCAUCUGCAAUUAAAUUAAACUUUAAAAUUAUUGUUGAACACAUAUCGAGAAAUAAAAUUUUAAACUAUUCAGUUUAAAACUAUGUAACAGUAUCUAUGUCUAUACUUAUGUUGUUCCAAAUUGUUCAUAAGUUAAUCAUUUCACCAUUAUUUAAAAAAAAAAAAAAUCCCCCGUUCUAGUAUCUUAAUAGCCAGUUGUAGUGGCGCACACUAACAAUUUAACUAGAGCUGUUAAAUGACCUGCAGUGUACCAUAUAUUCACCUACAAAAUCCAAGUCACAUAAAAUUUGCUUAUUUAUUAUUUAUGUAAUAUUCUUUAAAUAUUAAUUUAUAAGAUUUAUUUCUUUAUGAUUUCUAACAUAAUAGGUAUCUUAAAAUCAAUGCAACCGUUUACCUAAAAUUCUGGAGUAUCGCGUAACGUGGUUAGGUUAUUCUCUAGAUAAUAUCAGUUUUCAGUUAAUUUCGGAUUAGUAGAAUUUAAAACGGCUGUUUCGUAAAAACUAUUCAUCAGACAUAAAUGUGUAGUACAUUAAAAUUUUUAGAAAAAUAAACUCUACAGAAUGGUUAUCUUAAAAUUUUCGGAAAAUAAUAAAAUAAAGUAAUUAUUUAAUUAAAAUUUAAAUAUUUUUCGUCCUCAACCCUGCGAGUAACAUGAAAAAAAAAAACAGAAUUUGAUCAUCAUUAUUAUCUCCGGAGAUACUUAAAGGGUAUAUCUAUGUGGGACAGCCUGUAUAUAAAAGAAAAAAAUAUUAAAAAAUUGGUACUAGCAACACCGGGCAGGACAGCUUAUAUAUGUAUAAUAUACAUAUGCUAUAUGUCAAUUUUUUAUUUUUUUUUUUAUUUAUUAUAUUCAUUUUCUCUAAUCUUGCUUUCCGUUUCUCAUGAUACCUUUUUUUUCGUGCAUUAGAUGUAGAUUGACCAAUCGGUUUUCGUUUGGGGAAGGGGGGCAUAACUUGAAAAAUCAAAAAUGAUAUGUCUUGUGUAUAUCUUAUAAUAUCGCAUGUUUUACAUAUGUCUUUAUCACCCAUAUAUAAACUGAAUAAACUGAAUAAUAUUUAUUCUUCGUUGGCAAUUAAAAUUAAAUAUUUUCUCUACAAUCACGACAAAAAAAUACUUAAUUACCUAUAAACGUACUCAUAGAAUCCAUACCAUAGACAUAAUAAGAAUUUUCCCAUGACAACCCAGUUAACUAAUAAUAUUUAUUUUUUGCAUCAAUAUGUUACCAAGGUAACCCAUAAAUAAAAACAAAGAUUUUAUCUUCGUACCAAAAGUACCUAAAACCCAGUUUUUAUGGGUGAUAGUGGAUCUAUCAAAAAAAUUGCAUAAAUGUACUAUGUCAAAAAUCUUCACGUGUAUGUAAUCAACAACUUCCCAAAGUUUCAUGGCGAUCGGAUGAACGAUUUAGGAAGGCAUAAGAGACAAACAGACAAAUACUCAUUAUAAUCAUUUUACCAUAAUAUGAUAUAUACCAUAUAUUGUAUUGCUGACAAAGCGAUAUACUAUCUACUGAACUCCGCUCAGAGUCGUUUUUUUGUUAGCAAUAGUUUAUCGUUGCUUAUAAAUAUACAUUAAAUUCCCGUCUAUAUCCUACCUUCUCAACUUUCCACCUACAACAGUGGCUGCACCCACGUGCGAAGUAUGUCCAUCCUUUUUUUUUUUUGUAGCUGAUUUAACAAACGAUAUUUAUUAGAUACCAUAGAUACCACAUAAUCAAAAGAAAAAUACUAAUAACUUUAUUUUGUUACCAAGGUAUCCCAAUCAACAAAAAUUAUACCAUUAUAUAACAAAAUCCCUGACAGCUAUCCUUGAAUUUUGAAUUGAAUUUUAGAAAUUUCAAUAGCUAUAAACCUUCUCCGGACCACACGGAGCACAAUAUUUUGUAAAAAACCCCCGUUAAAAUUGGUCCAGUAGUUUUUGAGUCUAUAAAGGACAAACAAACGAACGUUCUUUUUUAUAUGCAUAUAUAGAUAUGUUACGGGCAAUAGCCGGAAUCAGGAAAAUCUCAAAAAUACCCGGGCAAAACGCAAAGUGUCUACGAUACUUGAGCAAAACUGUAUUACAUCUGUGGUUAUGUUUGCCGACAAGUGUUGAAAUAUACAAAUUUGUAUUGACUUUAAAAGGUAGUUAUUAGUUAUAAUUUAUAAGAUAAACACCUCGUAGUUUAUAAAAUUAUUUAUUGCACGUUCAAUAAUUUUUAGGUACUGGUACGCAUCUUCAGUCUGCACUCACACAAAUAAAAAUCAAAGGUUUUCUUAUACAUCCAAAUUAUUAUUUAUUUAAAUUAAUAACAGUUAUUAACGAUGGAUUGAAUAAGUAUGAACAAAGAUGUUUUUAACAAUACACUUGGUUAAGUAUUAGAAAAACAUUCGAAUUUACUAACCUUUCUUGUCCAGAACACAAAUCAGAAAUUUUAACAACCAUCUUUCAAAAUUAUAUUAUGAUGAGAAUAAAACAAUUUACAUUAAUAUAUACCAGAGAACUUACAUAAAAUAGUUCCAAAAAGAAAUCAUUAUAAAAGCUUCAAAAAACAUAAUAUAAAGUAUAAUAUAAUAAUGUAUGAAAUUGUUCAUACAUUAUUAAUAAAAACAUACAUUUUAUGGUAGGCAGUCAUAUUUAGUAUAUUUUAUUAUUUAAUAGAGCACUGGAGCAUAUUGUAAUUUACGAUAAUGUAAUUUAGUUCCGUAGUAUCCACUAAGACAGUGCGAGUAGUGCUACAAAGUGAAAUACUCCGUACUCCGCCUGUUCUAUAACAUUUUAUGGUCAAACCCCCUACUCCCUCCAACCAUGUCAUCAUGUCAUGUCCAGUCCUGCAUAUCUAAAUCCGUGAUCAAAAUUACCAAAUUAAAAAAACUCGCUCGUGUGGUUGUAAUAAGCAAACUGCACAAACUAAACGUUAGUUCAAAUUGUAUUUUACAUCAAAUAUGAUUAAAUAAAAUCGUUAUCUACGUUAUUGCAUACCUACCUAAUUUAAAUUUAAUACUUAUUCGGCCCAUCCAUCCAUAUCUUUGCAAAAGCGAUUUGUUAUUAAACAAGUUAUAAAUUAUAAAACUUAUUAGUUAGUAAUAUAAUUAUUUAUUUAUUUGAAAAUAUUUAAUAUAUUUGUUAAAUGUAAGUAGCUCCCUUUGUUGAAUCCAUACCAAAUUACCACAUACCUAGUGAUUUUUUUAAAAAAUAUUUUUGUACUGGCUUUUAUGUUUUUAUCUAACCAGGUAUAAAUUAAUUUUUAUGAUAAUAUUAAUGAUUUAAUAUUAUUAUUUUUCCACGUUGUAAUUUUAAUUAUAUGUAGACUCUCAUUUUUGAAACACUAGGUAAGUACCUGUCCUGCCCAGCUUCACUACAAAGAUAUAAAAAAAUUCUCUUACUAUUUGUGGUUAUUAACUUGUAGGGAUUCUAUACAAGUAGAAGGAGUUUGCGGAGGCCUUGAGACCGCUCCUCCCUACAUCCGGUCCGGUCCUGGACACUGACCAGCAACUACCUAUUUAAUAACUUCAAUAAACUAUACAUGUGAGUCACACUGAUAAUGAUAAUAAUUUUUAAAUAACUCGCGUCUUAUUUCCUAAUAAAUUAUUGACAUAUCAUAGACACUCUAUCUGUAUUACUCAAAGUGUCACAUUUACGAAAAACGAAUACAUUUUGAUUUGAAUUUCUAUGUUAACAUCGGUCGAUAUUAUACGUUCACAAUAACAAUCGUCGCCUAUGAGUUCCACCAAUAUAAUAGGUUUACCAAACGAUAGUAUUUAAAUGCCAUACUGCAGUAAUGAAAAAAUAAUAUCCAAAUUAACAUUAAACAGUUGUAAUGUUUAUACAACCUACCGAAUAAAAAUUACAUAGAAAACUCACAAAAUUAAAAUGUCUAUAAAUAGCUCAAAAAUGGCUAAAGGCUAAAAUGGCUUUAAAUUUUACCACGUCUAGAAAAAGACAAUAUAAGUUUCUGUUCGAAUUUCAAGUCCAUAAAAUCUCUAUGAAUAUUUUUAACUGAAUAAAUACAAACAAAAAACAAAUUUGAAAAUAAAAAGAGCAUUAUUUUCAUAAAUUUCCUGUUUUUUUUUUUUUAAUUUUAUCCUGAGUUUUUCCAGGUAUUAUGAAAACCGUUUCAAAAAUCAAAAAAAAGAUCUCCUUAAAGUAUCAUGUAGACUAAAUUUCCUUUCAGAAAAAGUAUCACAUUACAUAUCGAAUACACUUAGCAUCUAAAAAGAAACAAAAUCCAAAAUAAUGAAAACCGUAAUUGCGUAAGUUUUCCCAGUUUUCCUAAUGUUUUUCCGAAAUAUGUUUUGAUAAAUUUAAAUUGAAAAUUAUUUGGAUUUGUAACAGAAAAAUAUAAUUAAAUAUAAAAUAUAAUAUAACACAAAUAAUUAGCUCAAAAUUCUACAUGAUAUUAUGAAAAUGUUACCACAUUAGUUAAUAUAAGUAUUUUUUAAAAAAUUCGGUUUUCUACGAUUAUUUUAAAGGAACAAAAAUAAAAAAAAAAAACAAAUGGAUAAAUUUUGCAAGAAGAGUGGGCCACUGUUUUAGGUGAGAAGUUGAGAAGGUAAAGGAUAAAUUGUAUGUAUUUCUGUACGUAACGAUUAAUGUUUGCAAACAAAAUAUGAUGUUAAGCGGACUUCGGUUAUAUAUGUUUUGAAAGGCUGUAAUAUUAACGAUUUGAAAACAAUACAUUUCGUACAUUUUCCCUGUUUGCCCACGUUUUUUCCCAUUUAUUAUAAAAUAUCUGGGAAGAUCAAAACAUAACCUCCCCAAAAGUACCACCUCAGUCAGAUUUCCUUUAAGAAAAACAGCUAUACACUUAAAAAUCGGAACAAAAAUUCUGAUAAAAAAGUAGUUCGCAGAAAAAAAAAUUUAAAAAAAAUAAAUAUAUUCUACAUUCCGUUCAGAAUCUUAAAUAAAUAUCCUAUAUAUUUAAAGAUAUAUUCUUUACUUCGCUCAAAAUCUAAAAACUGCAUAUCAUAUAAAAACGUAAAUCAUAAUCAUACAUAAGUAAAUUUCUUGCUGCGCCCAGAAUUAUUGUUAUUAUUCUUUUUAAUGUCUUAUAGCUUUUUAAUGCAGUUAGUAUUAAAAAUACGAAACUAAAACUAAAAAUAUACAGAGUACUUCACUCAACUGGAAAUACCAAUUAUUUCGAAACGUAUUAAUAUUUUAGAACUAUUUGUGUUAUUAUUAUUAUUAUUAUUAUUUUUUUUUUUUUUAACAAAACGGCCGUUUUUUUAUUUUUUGAAAAAAAAAACUAAUACUUUCCAAGAUAAUCGAAUAUUCCAAUUUGAGUGAAUUACUCUGUUUAAUAUACUAUACCUAUCUACCUAAUCGUUUUGAAUGAAAUAUGUUUACAGAUUAUAGACUUAAACAAAUCGAAUAUAAUGUGGUAUUUAACUUGCAUUUUGUUGUUGGCCAUAACCAUUACGGUAUUGAUGUUCAAAGGAAGAAGAAAAAUAAUAUUAGCUAAUCGUAUACCAGGUCCUGAUGGAUAUUUUCUUGUUGGAUUACUGCCAAUAUUUCUACUGGGACCGGAGUUACUCAUCAAACAUGGGAAAAAUAUUUAUCGAAAGUAAGUUCUGGUUGAACAACAUUCAGAAUUUGUUGGACAUUAAUUUCACAAAGUUGCGAAUUUGAACUUUUAUGUAUCAAAUAAGUUUAGGUUAUCAAUGCAUUAUUGCGUUUUAAUCAGUGGUGCACAGAGGGAUAUUGACAACUGAUACUGGGAAUGGGUGUGGCCACUGUUGUAGACUGGUAGUUGGGAAGGUGGAAUACAUAAAAUUAUUUAAUUUUUACCUGUAAGCAACGAUAAACUAUUGUUGACUAAAAACGAUUCCGAAGAACUCAAUUACAAAAGAAAAAUGUAUGAUUUAAAAAAUUGAGAAAAACUGAAAUGAAGUAAUAACAGUUUAUUAUAAAUAAUACGAGAAAAUAAAGUUGAGACAAUUUAGAAAUAAACUCAAAUUAACAAAUAAUAUUUAAUUAAUUAAUUUAGUAAUUUCAAGGUUGUAAACUUAAAUCCUGACAGAUUCCUUUUUUGAUAAAAGAUUUAAUUGUACGUGGAAUAUUCUUCCUUGUGUGGACCCGGGAUAGUGAUUAAAAUUGACGAUGACAGUAACUAAUUUAUAUUCCAUUAUCCCUACACAACUACUAAUAUAAACCAUGAUAACACGGUUGUAGAUAUACACUAUGGUCCAUAAAUAAUCAAUUUUUUGGUUCGAUGACAUCUUUAUCAAAAAAAUAUCUUACCACUUCAUAUUUAACUAUAACUUUAAAUUAUCGGCACGAAGAUACGACUGUAUACAUAAUUUUUUUGAUUAUUAAUUAGCAUUUUUGGGCUUUAAGAGGGACCCUCUCUGGAUUACAUAAUAUAGACAUAAAUUAAUUAAUUAAUACAUUUGUUGUUUUUAAUUAAUCUUAGUUUUAUUUUCAACUUAAUAAAUUAUUUUAUCCUUAUCAAAUUUAGAAUAGUUGAACAAGUAUAUGCAUGGCUUUUGGAGUAAAUUUUACAAGGAAUAUGAAAAAAAAUAGUUUAAACCUUUACAAAAAAUAUUUAGGAUUAGUAAUAAUAGAAAAUAAUAAUCUAAGUUUUUUUUUUUUGGUCCAUCCUAAUAUCCAUAGAUCAUAAUAUUACGUCAGGAUAAUAACAUUAAAAAUAAUAAUAAUAGCAUAAAAAAAAAACAUUUUUUUUUUCUAUUCUCAAGUCAUUUUUUCCAUGACAGAGCGUUUGGAGAUUUACCUAAAAACCAAUAUUCAUUAAAUUAAUAUUACGACGUUACUAUAUAUUUCAUAUUAUUGUAUAUACAGAUCAAAAUAUAUGUAGCGAUUUUUAGACAUAAAAAAAUAAUAAUAAUAAUUACAUUUUUUAUAUAAGUAAAUAUAAAACUCUUUCUCAUAUUUCAAACUUAAAUAAUUUUUUUUCCUAACAAUAAUUAUGUUUUUUAAAAGAACAUAAUAUUUUGUAAUCAAAAAUAUGUUAAAAUUAAACUCUGUAUCUAUAGAUAUAUAAUAUUAAGACGAGAUAAGAUUGAUUAUAUUUGUUCUGAGUUUCCAACCGUAUAUAAACCACCCUUCGAAAUAAUCCUCGAAAUACCCAUUAAAAUUAUAGCUAAGAUUAAUAAUUCACAAAUCGGAUUUGGUAAUAUUAAGGCACUUUCAAUUCAUUAUAUUAUAAUUUAUAUGUGAAAAUCGUUUUAGGUACAAGGGCUCUUUGUUUAAAAUAUGGGUUUGUAAUCAUCUAUAUAUCGUGCUCACAGACCCUGAAGACAUUGAGUUAGUUCUAACCAAUCCGAAAUUACAAAAGAAAUCUAAGGAAUAUUUGGUCUUACAAGAGUCCAUCAUGGGACAAGGAAUAUUUUCAAUCUCCGACAUUAAAAAGUGGAAGAACAACAGGUAAUCUUUAAUGGAACCCAAAAAUGAAAAUGGCAGACACCGCGUUUACUAUUAACAUAACUGGGAUUAUUGUUUUAUAUUAUAACUUAUUAUUUGAUUAUAUAUUAUUGAUUAUUGAUAUAGAAAAAUGGUAUCUGGAGGUUUUAGUUUUACUAUUAUAAAAUCGUUUAUACCGAUAUUUUACGAAGAAGCUAAUACCCUCAACAAUGUACUGCGGGCAAAAUGUGCAAUUUCGAAUUCGAAUGACUGUGAUAUAAGUUUUCCUGUUAGUAUGGCCACAAUGGAAAUGAUUGGGAAAACGGCUUUGGGCGUGAAAUUUAACGCUCAAAACGGUGGAUGUCAUCGAUUUGUUGAAAAUUUACAAACGGCGAUGCACGUAAGUAUUAAUAAAAUAUGCAAGGUCAUAUAUAUGUAUUAUUAUUUUCCCAUAACACAAUAAUAUUAUGUAUCUACUUAUCUUAUAGUACCUACACUGAUGCUGUCUACUUUAUCUACUUUUUUUAGGCGUGGGAAUAUCGAAUCUCGCAUCCGUGGUAUUUGAAUAAAACGGUGUUCAGGUUAUCGUCAGUACAACACAAACACUACCAAUGCCAACAAAUCAUAAACCAGUUUACAGAUGAGAUAAUAAAUACUAAAAUCGAUGAGCUCAACAGAAGCAUUAUCAGUUGUGAGGGAGAAAAAAACGAAACAGAAGAUGAAGACUUUGGCCGAAAAACCAGAACGGUAAUAGAAAUUCUCUUGGGGAACCAUCACGCAAUGUCACACGAGCAAAUACGAGAUGAAAUCGUAACAAUUAUGAUUGGUAUGAUAUUUUUAAGCAUAUAAUCAAUAUUAUAAAUACUUUACUAAUAUAUUUCGUACAUUUUCCCGUUAUUCAUCCGUUUUUUCAGAUUUUCACAUUUAUUGAGAAAAUUCCUGAGAAAAUCGAAAAUUGGCUUUAAUAAAGUAUCUCUUACACCGAUUUGCUUUUAGGAAAAUUGCUAUCAUUAUAAAAUGGAGCAAAACUGGUGGUAGAAAAGUUGUCCACAGGAAAAAAAUUCGUAAUAUUUUAAGAUAUAACCGUUUUUUUUUUUCGGUUUUUCACAUUUAUUGAGAACACUCCUGAGAAAAUCGAAAAGUGACCUCUUUAAAGUACCUCCCCAGUCAAAUUUCUUUUUAUAAAAGGUGCUACACCAAAAAGUCUGAGUAAGAUCUUUGCUAGAAAAGUUGUCCACAGAAAAAAAAAACAGAAACAUAUUUCUAUAACCAUAAGCUUCUUUGCUCCACUCUGAAAUAUCCUAAAAAUGUUAAUAACUUUUGUAACUUUUUAAACGAUUUUUAUUAUAAAUACAAUAUAAUUUAUCUAUAAUUAACUAACUUUAUUUUAGAAUAAUUAUAAUUAUUGCCUAAAAUUACUUUCUCAAAUAUCAAUAUAAAACUUUUAGGUGGACAAGAAACGACUGCCUUGACAAACGCUUGUACAAUUUUCAUGUUGGCUCAUCAUCAAGACGUUCAAAAUAAGGCAAAUUCAAUAAUUUUAAUAAUAUAAUAAAAUUUGAUGUACAUUAUUUGUGUGUUAUAUUAAUUUUCUUGAGUAAUUUUAUAGGUACUAGAAGAAUUGCAAUCGAUAUUCUCGGUCGGUGACCAUGACAGACCACCAACGUACGAGGACUUACAACAAAUGGAAUAUCUGGAGCGGGUUAUCAAGGAAACAUUGCGUAUUUUCCCGCCGCUGCCGGUGUUCGGCAGGAGUCUGGAGGAGGAAAUGGAAAUCGGUGGAUACCUAUGUCCAGCGGGUAUAAUAUGCUAUUAUAUGUUCUGAACCAUGACUAUACUUAUACUCUCUUCGUGUCUAAGUUCGGGAUUGGCGUUGUUUUUUCUAAUAGGAACGACACUACUGUUGUGUCCGUUGUUCCUGCAAUCGGACGAUCGGUUCUAUGCGAACCCGGACAAGUUUAAUCCCGACAAUUUCUUGCCGGACGCAUGUCGAAGUCGACAUCCGUACACGUUUAUACCGUUUAGCGCGGGCUAUAGGAAUUGCAUUGGUAUCAAGUAUGCAAUGCUUCAGAUGAAAACCAUCGUGUCCACGUUGGUCCGGAAUAACCUGCUGUUACCAUCGAACAGGUGUCCCACGCCUGCGCAUCUCCGGCUCAUGUUUCUGUCUACCCUGAAAUUCGUCGAUGGUUGUUACGUGAAAAUAAUACCAAGAACCUAGAAAAACAACAUUUUAUCAACACCUAGUUAACUACAUUAAUGCAGCGUCUUGUUAGUAUAAUUUUAUUCCUACUUCAAUGGAAAAAAACCUUGGUCACACAAACAAUAAUAUAAUAAUCGCAUUGCUAUAC